AGCACACACUUGGACUUGGGCGGGUGGGCCACCGAGACUAGCUUACAUGAGCAAUGACGUUGCUUCCCAACUAGAAGAGUUCGAGUUCCAUCCAGUAUUUUCUCCCAACACCCGAAAUCUAUAAAUCCACGAUCUCAAUCCCUCAAUUCACCAAAAAGAACCCAACUUUCACCAAAACCAAUCAAAAUGACAGCAACCCAAAUCCCAGAAGUGGUUCUUGAAUCCUCCAACGGCCGCAGAACCAUGCCUGUGCUUGGAUUCGGCACAGCAUCCAACAAUUUACAACCGGAGGUUUUGAUAGAAGCUGUUCUUGAGGCCAUCAAGCUUGGUUACCGACACUUCGACACUGCUUCCAUUUACGGCUCCGAGCAGACUCUAGGACUAGCCAUUGCCCAAGCACUCAAACUCGGCCUCGUGGCUUCUCGCGACGAACUCUUCAUCACUUCCAAGCUUUGGCCUAACGAUGCUCACCCCAACCUGGUUAUUCCUGCUCUCAAGAAAUCGCUUCAGAAUCUUGAGUUGGAGUACCUUGAUUUGUAUCUGAUUCACUGGCCCAUCAGUGCCACGCCUGGGAAGUUGAGUCACGCACUAGAGGAGAAGGAUCAAAUGCCGAUGGACUUCAAGGGUGUGUGGGCAGACAUGGAGGAAGCUCAGAGACUUGGCCUCACCAAAUCCAUUGGAAUCAGCAAUUUCUCUACCAAAAAGACUCAGAAUUUGCUCUCCUUUGCUACUAUUCCUCCGUCAGUCAAUCAAGUUGAGAUGAGUCCAUUUUGGCAACAGAAGAAGCUCAGAGACUUCUGCAAGGCCAAUGGUAUAGUUGUGACUGCCUUCUCCCCAUUGGGUGCCAUAGGAACCAGUUGGGGCACCAAUCAUGUUCUCGAAAGCAAAGUGCUGAAUGAGAUAGCCGAGGCUCAUGGAAAGACUGUUGCGCAGGUUUGUAUUAGAUGGGUUUAUCAGGUAGGGGCAACUCUUGCAGUGAAGAGCUACAACAAGGAGAGGUUAAAGCAGAACGUGCAGGUGUUCGACUGGGAACUAACUAAAGAGGACCUUGAGAAGAUCAAUCAAAUUCCACAGCGCAAAAUGAUGCCUCGAGAAGAGUUAGUUACGGCUACUGGACCAUACAAGUCCCUUGAUGACUUAUGGGACGGAGAGUAUUAGCUUUACAUUGUAAGAAAAUGUAUGUUAUAUGCAUAAGAAUAAAGGCGUCAGCUAGUCAUGUAUCUAUGGCAUAUAUUGUAUGAGACUUCUGUUUGAUUCUGGAAACAUAUUGCCUAAUUUUCAUUCUCUGCAUAGCUUCUAUUUUGUUGGUGGUCAUUAGGAAAUGAACGAUAUUUGAAAGCUAGCGCGGGCUAGAUAGCAAUAAGAAAGGUCUUGUUGU